UUCGCACCGACCCGUACAUGGUGCAGGUGUAACAUUGUGCUCCAGAAUACUUCAAUUCUUUGGGGGCAACUUUCGAAUUCCUGACAGUUCACCCUACAUCGGAGUAAAUUCUCUAGUCACCCAACAACAUGGGAAUGGAAAAGAAGAAUAUCAGCAUUGUGGUCAUCGGCCAUGUCAACUCUGGCAAGUCCAACACCGCUGGUCACCUGAUCUCCAAGUGUGGUACCAUGGCCAUCGACAUGUUUGAGACCGCAAAGUACUAUGUGACUAUCCAGGGCUCGACUAUCAUUGACCCUGGACAUCUUGAUUUCAUCCAGAACAUGAUCGCAGGAACUUCACGGGUUGACUGUGCCUUGCUGAUUGUGUCUGCCGGUACUGGUGAGUUUGAGGAGGGUAUGUCCAAGGAAGGACAGACCCGUGAGCACAUCCUGCUGGCCCACAUCAUGGGUUUCAAGCAGCUCAUCGUGGCAAUCAACAAGAUGGACAGCACCGAACCCCCCUACUCCGAGGUAAGUCUUUAUCUCCCGCCAUUUUGAUUAUAUGAAUGACAUGCAUCCAUGGCAAAGUAAAGUCAAAGAAGAAGAUGUGAAGGAACAAAAAUCAAAAACUUAUUGUUAGGUAUGCCAUAGUUAGGGUGUUUAAUCAUUUGUUCAACCUUCCACUUAAGACAGACAACACUAAUAUAUUCGUGCGACUGUUGUUGUCGACAACGUCACCAGCGACGGUAUUUUUAGGCUGUCUAAAGAGGAUCAAAAUAGUCCUGCGAAGGUUUGUCCUCAAAUCAUUGUGCGACCACUUUGGACCCAGUUGGGCGACCCUUCAGCGGGG